AAUAAUAGCAUUAGCCAUCUCACAUCAGCUCAUGAGUCAUGAUGGUUUAUAGUUAUGAAGUGUAGAACUAGAAACUAAGAAAGGACUACUACUAGUAAUACCAGUUCAUUAUACUUAAAUUUUAUACCAGUAGUGCCAGUAUGGUUUCUAGUUUUAACAUUUAUUAGUUAAUGUGUGUUAUACUUUAUAAAUAAGUUAAAACUUGAAGUUAGUUUCAUUUUAAAAUUAGUAUGUUGUAUAAGAUCAAAAGAACCAGUACUAAAUACACUACUUUAACUUUAAGUAGUUUGAAUUCAAGAACAGGAAGAAUGUUGUAGGUUUUCCUGUCAUGGAAGAAAAUCCAACAAAUGAUCUUCAGUUUGGGAAAUACCACAAAUUAGCUGCUGAGUAUUCUAAACUCAAAGCUCAAGCUACUGUACUGAAGAAGGCAGUUGGUGAAGAGCAAACAAAAAAUUUGGAAGUGAAGGAACAGUUGAAAGCUAAAGAACAGGCUAUUCGUAAGCUGGAGCAAGAAAUAGAAUGUUUAAAUUUCCGAAACUUGCAAUUAACCAAGCGUGUUGCUGUGUUACAGAAAGAUCUUGAUGUAAAAGUAGAAAAGCCAAAGCAGAAGAAACCUGCUUUUCCUGGAGGAGCUCACACUGUUUUAGAUGCAGAGCUUCAAAACAGGAUAGAAGAAAAUGAAAGACUCCAUCAACAGGUAUAUUCUGCUGAACUUGAACACAAGAAGCAAAUUGAAGAAUUGUCACGAUAUCUCCAGGAGGCUCGAGAUGAAUUGGCCCUGAAAGAACAUAUCUUAAAUGAGGUCAUCAGGAAACAAGAGACAACCAUAUCCAAACUGACUGAUGAAAGAGCCAAGAUAGAGGUAAAACUUCGGAACUUUGAGCGAAAUUUCCAAGAAAUGACGAUGAAAGAAGAAAUUCGUGAAAAUGAAAUCAAAAUCCUUCAAGCUCAACUUCAAGGGAAGAAAGAAACCACUUCUAAUGUAAAUGGUUACAAAACAGGGUUUGUGGACUGCAAAGACCCGCAGAUGAACUUAUUAAAUGUACCAGUUUCACUUCAGCGUCAUCAGAAGUUACUAAAAACAUCUCUCAGAGCAUUGGGUAAUGCAUUACCUGAUGUAGUAGUUGCCCUGGGGGCUUUAGGAAACCAUUUUACUGCCUGGGUGAAUGAUGUAAUACGGGUUAAUGAGUCAUCUAAGCCAGGACAUCUUGUCAAGCUUUCUAAGCUACUUACAGAAAAUGGUGGACAUUUGAAAAAAAUUGAAGAAGAGUACAACUUUUGGAUGGAAAAAGCUGUUAGUGAAGACAUCUUAUUUGGUAUGGUGGGAAGAAACCUGUCUGAUUUAUCUGAUGCCUACUCGGGGUACGUGAGAUACCUAGAGAAACUUUUUCCUUAUGUUCUGUUGUGUUUUCAGAAUCCACCUCCCAGUGGGAGCAGAGACCUAGCAAGACUCGCGGAAAUCCACACUAACCUGCAACAUACCCUAGCACGAUUAAGAGGGAGCUUUAGUAGAGUGGAGCGAUAUCUCACAUUAUACACUACAGGUGUACCUGAUGAUAAGGGAGUUUUGAAAACGUCACCAGUGGUAGUUCUACAGCUUGUCAAGUCUCUCAGAGGGAUUCUGAUGUGUUUUGAAGAUGUUAAAAAACACUACAGUGCUAAACUGUUAGUGCAAAAUCAACUUCCUACAAUCAGUGAGGAGACAAAGUCUGCCGGAGAAUUCGUUCUGUCUCUCAUUGUAUCCACACUAGCAGGGCUUAAAAAGGUAUCUAAUUCUGCUGAUCACAUGGUACAGCUGCCUUCUCCAGACAUGAGUUUAUUUUAUAGGGGUGGUUUAUAUUCCAUGCCAUUAACUCAUCCUGGUGUUGUCGUUAAAUCAGCUAUACAGAAAAUGAAGCAACGAGGAUCCAGUUACUUACACUUUAUGUCAAAGGUAGAACAAGAUGAUAGCAUUCCUUUUAAGUUAUCCUUAGACAUGAACAAGACGUUAGGUACUUGCUUGGAGGAAAAAUCAAAUUUAGCUCAACAGCUUGAGGCCCUGAAGAAAAGAUCGCUGAUAUUGGAAGAGGAAAAAGAACAAUGGAUGCUAGAGUGCCAGUUACUUCAGGCCAGAGCAGCAAAAGGAAAUGAUAAGGAAAAAGAACAGGAAUCAACAGAAAACAAAGACAGCUUGACAAGUUACUUGAAGAGACGAAUAGGUCAAUUAAUUGUGGAAAUCCAAAAAGCUGACAGCAAAGCUGUUGCAUUUAAUUCUGAGUGUUGGGCUUUACGACAACGACUUACUCUCGCAGAGGAAGCUCAACACACAAUGCAAGAACAACUUGACAAUGUAGAUGAUCUUUCAGAAGAAAUGAAGCAAAAUAUGGAUGCAGUCAUCAUGAAAUACGAAGAACAACUUGAAACUUUAAGUGAACACGUUUCAAAUUUGAAUGAAAAACUUGUCCUACAAGAGGGUGAAUUAGAAGCUGCCGGCUUAAGGAGACCAAAAUGAGAUAUCGAUACCAAAGAACUACCAUAGUUUUCAACAGUUCUGACAAUGAGGUUAUAAGAUUUCUAAAGCAUAUUAAGUAUGUAAAAAAAUAUUAUAGGACCACCAACUACGUAAGCAUCCUCAUUUCAGAAUGGAAUCAAUUUUUUUACAUAAUAAAAAUUAUAAAUAUCAAAAGAGUACAAGUAUAUUGAGACUGAACAGCAAUUGGAUUUCAGUUACUUUGAUUUUAUGAUAUAAUUGUAAAAAAUGACUUAAGAGUAAUUUAGCAAAUUAAUCAAUUGAUAGCUACAUAUCCUAAAAAGGUACAUGAUUUUAUGUUAUUAUUAUUUUGUUUGUAUAUAGUACAAUUAUGUGAUUGAUGUGUUAUAUAAAUUGUCAGUUUUUACAUUUGGUGUAGAUGUGUUACAUGGAAUCUGUUUUGUUUUUUUUAUGAUUUUUUUGGUAUAUAAGAAAUAAGCAUUUCUGUUUACUAUUGCAUGAUGCUUCAACAUUCCGGUUUCUUUAAUAUACCUUUAAUACUGUAGCAACAGUAUUUUCGUCCUUAACAGAAACAUCUGACCACCUUAAAUAGUAUUUUCUACCUUUGCUUUUUACAUAAACUAUCAGUAUCUUGAGAAAAGUCCACAGUUUCGUGAAAUGAUCUUUUAUUCUUUGUAUUAUUAUAUGGUCACACAUAAGAUACUUCUGAACUGCCAAUUGACAAAGUGCUUUAGAAAUAAAAAAUUAAACAAAACUGUAAUACUAUUUCUUUGUCUAGUCAUCUUUACUGUAAACACGAGCAGUAUUUUUAACGUUGCAGCACUCGUUAUUUCAGGAUAUCUGUAUCAAAUCUUGAUGUGUACUAAAGUUUUGAAUUGUUAGAUUUUAACUCUUUAACGAGUAUAAUUUACUUAAAACUUCAGAAGUUUUAAGUAAAAGAUUAAAAAGUGCACUGUCAUAAAUUUAAAUGCUAGCCAAAAAAAUGUUGACUUUGAAUAUUCAAAUUUGAUUAAUGUUAAUUAAAUGGAACAUUACUUAUUUAGACAACAACAGUUUAGUCACAUAUACAUAAGUUUAAAUAUCUUGCAGAAAAAGGUUGGGGGGGGGGGAGUAUAACAAUGACACUGUCUGCCCAUCUUUAGACAUCUGCUUUUUGUUUGGCGACUAAUUAGCAUAAUUCUAACAGCAGAUUUUAAUCAAACUGUAAAGGUCACUUCCACCUCUAAUGGGAAAAAAACUUGUUGAUUUUGGAGUUUAAAGAUCAAUGUCACUAUUUAAUAAAAAAAAAAAAAAGAAAUUAUGAUUCUUUGCACAAAAAAACAACAAAUCCAAAAAA